UCGCCCCGCCCCCAGCUGGUCCCGCCCCGACAGGAGUGGGGGCGGAGCUGCGCGCGCACGUCCGGCUGCGUGGGCUGCUCCAGCAAGUUACGUGGGCCGGCAGACGCGAGGGUCUCUCGACGGGCCGGCCGCGCCAAACAACGUCACUUCCGCUAGCCAAAGCACGCCUGCGCGGAAGACGGCGAAGCUGGUGCUGCGAAGUGUGGGGUUUGUGCGGUCGCGGAGGAUCACCUCCUGACAUCCAAGACCGAAGCGUUCCCGAGGCCACCGUGUCCACUGCCUGAGAACAUGUCCUUAUCGUCGCAUUUCAAGAAGUGCCACAACCAGGCGUGCAGAGCCACCGAAGAGUUUGUUGACGUUUAGUUCGCCACCUUGGAGAGAACAGGGACCAGCUGUCCCUGCUGUACCUGGAGGAGAGCACGCUGAUGUGGAAUGGGAACCCCAUCUUGGGGCAGAAGGCCAUGGGCAAGUUUCUCAGCUCCCUGCCUCCCAGCUCAUUCCAUGUCAGCACGGUCGACUGCCAGCCUGUGAAGCAUCCGGAAAUGAAUGACCAGGUCCAGAUCCGCGUCCUUGUCGUGGUCUGUGGGAUCGUGAAGUUUGAGGGCAAGCCGCAACGCAACUUCCACCAGACCUUCAUUUUGAAGCUGCUCACCUCGUCUGAUGAUACCAAGUGCAAGUGGAAGAUCGCGCACGGCUGCUUCCGGUUCCAGGACUGGGACCAGUAGGACGGAGCGCUCCUGCGGGGUCUCGUGACGGAGCUGUUAUGGUUCCCUG